AUUAUUAUUAUUGUUAUUAUAAUAUUCGCUCAGCUCACCCACUCUCUCUCUCUCUCUCUCUCUCUCUCAUUUUUCUGACGUUUUCUUGCUCAUUUUCUCGGGAAAAUGGGGGUCGACGACGAUCGCCUAGCUGAGUUAAAUCCUAAGACUAGGACAUGCGUUGUUAUCGGCGGGCGAGGCUUCAUCGGAAGAUCGCUUGUUCUUAGCCUCUUGAAACUUGGUAAGUGGUUUGUCCGAAUAGCCGACUCCGCUCACUCCAUUCACCUCGAUCCUUAUGAGCAUGACUCCCUCCUUUCACAUGCUAUCGCCUCCGGCCGAGCCUGUUAUCACCACAUCGACGUUCGUGACAAGUCUCUGGUCUUCAAAGCUGUUGAAGGUUCUUCUGUCGCUUUCUAUCUGGAUUAUGCUGAUUUGCAUGCUGAUAAUUUUCAUCUUUGCUACACAAUUAUUGUUCAAGGUGCAAAAAAUAUCAUCAACGCUUGUCGAGAAUGCAAAUUAAGAAAGUUAAUAUACAACAGCACUGCAGAUGUGGUUUUUGAUGGUUCACAUGAUAUAGUAAACGGAGAUGAAUUGUUGCCAUACCCUGGGAAAUUUGAUAACGUAUUAAGUGACCUUAAGGCUCAAGCAGAAGCGCUUAUCCUCCUUGCUAACAAUAUUGAUGGUCUUUUAACAUGUGCAAUUCGUCCUUGCAAUGUGUUUGGACCUGGGGACACAAAUCUUGUGCCAUUUUUCGUGACCUUGGCACAAUCUGGUUGGACAAAGUUUAUUAUAGGGAAUGGUGAAAGCAUAUCAGACUUUACCUAUGUUGAGAAUGUCUCUCAUGCCCUUAUUUGUGUAGAAGCAGCUCUAGAUUUUAGGACGGCCUCUAUAGCUGGCAAGGCUUUUUUCAUCUCAAAUCUUCAUCCCACAAAGUUCUGGGACUUUUUAUUACUUAUUUUGGAAGGCCUAGGAUAUCAAAGACCACUAAUUAAACUUCCUGCAAGGAUGGUUUGGCACAUUUUAUCAUUUAUAAAAUGGGCGCAUAGAAAAUGGGGCUUUCUAGAAUGCAGUCAUAAUCUGUUUCAUUAUGCUCAACUAGCCUCACGCUCAAGAACUUUCAACUGUUCUGCAGCUCAGAAACAUAUUGGGUACUCACCAUUGGUCUCCAAUGAGGAAGGUGUCUCACUAACCAUUCAGUCAUUCUCACAUCUAGCUCAAGACAUCUUUUAUUCAAGAUACUGUGAUCGUGUUGAACCAUCAAAAGUAGAGAAGCUUCUAGGUGGUGGGAAAGUUGCAGAUAUAUUGUUGUGGCGUGAUGAGAAGAAAUCAUUUGCAUGUUUUCUUGCUCUUGUUCUGCUGUUCAACUGGUUUUUCCUAUCUGGAAGAACUUUUGCUGAUUCUGCAGCCAAGCUGCUGCUACUUCUAACGUUUGCUCUUUUUGGAUACAGUGUACUACCUACGAAAGUAUUUGGUUUCGAUGUCAAGAGGUUGCCUAUAUCUUGUUUUGAGAUUCAUGAAGGGAUAUUGAAAGAUUCAAUUACAGCAGUUGCACGUUUGUGGAACAGAGGGUUCUAUUGUGUUAGAUCUUUGGCCAAUGGACACGAUUGGGAACUUUUCUUUAAGGUUGUAGCGUCUGUAUAUUUUCUGAAGUUGAUAUCCAUACAAUCCUUGAUGAUGGCUAUGGGCAUAGCUCUAGCAUUUGCUUUCACUGCAUUUUUUGUUUACGAACAAUAUGAAUCUGAAGUAGAUGGAGUAUCAAAGCUUCUACACAGUGGUGUGAAAGAAGUUGUGAAAUUAUUGAAAAGCCUACCUCAUUCAGCGGCAUCUAUUAUUUGUAAGAAGAAUAAUUAUCCUCGCCAAUAUAAGAAGUCUACACCAGCACAAGCACAACAUUGGAAAUAGUAUUCAAAGCUUUCAUUCAAAUUUUUCUUAAUUAAUGAUAAUGAGUGAUGGGGCUAGUUAACAUAUGCUUGUAUUAAGAUAGAGUUGGGGCACUCUCCCACCAAGAGAGAGAGAGAGGGUUUAAUACAGUAUAGUCUUGUCAGUUUCUUACCUUUGUUAGUGUAUAGUCUUGUCUGUUUCUUAAACCGGUAUGCCAUAACCUAAAUUAACCUAUACUAGUGACUAGUAACUAGUGAUUAUGAAUGUUUAUUGGAUCUGAAGUUUCAUGUCGACAACUGGUAAUUUACCGCAGUUGGAAAAGAAAUCAAUGUGCUUUACUAUAGAGUAAGGGACUUGUAAGAUCAACUUAUUAAGUUUGA